AUCAAAUAACAAUAUUCUACAGAAGAUGGUAUUGCAGUGACACAUGUAAAAUAAUUCUUCAAAAACUGUGUGCAAGAUAUAACCAACUGACCUAUUGACAUUAUCAUCUGAUACUGAAUUGAUGUAAUAUUUUAUAGUGAUAAUUUACCAUAUUGUUACAACAUAAAGAUUGAGACAUUCUGGUGUAAUCUGCCCCUCUAUAAACAUGUAGAAGUGAUAAAUGAAAACAAAUAUUCUUGGGCACAUAGAAUGGAUCUCUCAGAACAACACAAGCGCAAACGAAUAUGUCAGUGCUCACAGAAAUUUAAGGGAAAUGUGAUGCCUGUGUCCCAGCCAGUGCGUGCUAAGAGUUUGUUACGCGCAAACUUAGAAAAUUCUCGCGGGCGACUUUUACAGAGCAGAAUGCCAAACAUCAAAGUCUUCAGUGGCACAUCGCAUCCAGAUUUGGCUCAACGUAUCGUUGACAGACUCGGUAUUGACAUUGGAAAAGUUGUCACGAAGAAAUUUAGUAACCUCGAAACAUGCGUGGAAAUAGGAGAAUCUGUUCGUGGAGAAGAUGUAUACAUUGUACAAAGUGGAAGUGGAGAAGUAAAUGACAACUUGAUGGAAUUAUUGAUUAUGAUCAAUGCAUGUAAAAUUGCUUCUGCAUCUCGAGUAACUGCUGUAAUUCCUUGUUUCCCGUACGCAAGACAAGAUAAGAAGGAUAAGGGUGGUGAUGGACGUGACAACAGAAAUUCUAAGAAACAAAUUAUCAUGAAGUCAAACGAGUGGAAAUUCAGGGAUUUUGUGCCCGACCUCUCUACAAGUCGUGCGCCUAUUUCAGCAAAGUUAGUAGCAAAUAUGUUGUCAGUAGCAGGAGCUGAUCACAUUAUUACAAUGGAUUUGCACGCUAGUCAAAUACAAGGAUUUUUUGACAUUCCAGUUGACAACUUAUUUGCUGAACCAGCUGUUUUGAAAUGGAUUAAAGAAAACAUUAUAGAAUGGCGAAACAGCAUCAUUGUUUCUCCAGAUGCUGGUGGUGCUAAAAGGGUAACAUCUAUUGCUGAUCGACUAAAUGUUGAAUUUGCUCUUAUACAUAAAGAAAGGAAAAAGGCGAAUGAAGUUGCUAGUAUGGUAUUAGUUGGAGAUGUAAAAGACAGAGUUGCUAUUCUAGUAGACGACAUGGCCGACACUUGUGGCACUAUUUGUCAUGCAGCAGAAAAGCUUUUAGAAGCUGGAGCAACAAAAGUAUAUGCCAUUUUAACACAUGGAAUUUUCAGUGGCCCAGCAAUUAGUAGAAUUAACAAUGCAUGUUUUGAAGCUGUGGUAGUAACAAAUACCAUUCCUCAAGAUGGCCAUAUGCAGGAUUGCCCAAAGAUACAGUGUAUCGAUGUAUCAAUGAUGUUCGCUGAGGCUGUAAGGCGGACUCAUAACGGUGAAUCUGUAUCGUACCUGUUUUCAAAUGUACCGUAUUAGAUGAAAAUCUUCCUGAUAAUAUACUCUUUCAAACUAUGUAAGGAGAAUGUAAUCUUUUUACAUCUGUUUACUGUUAUUCUUAGUUUAGUUUAAACUAAUUUGCCUAUAAAAUCAACUUGGGAUAAGCACCAAUAUCCCGUUUUUAAUUUGGUAACUAUACAUAUCUUUUUUUCGAUAGACAUGUGUAGAAAGUAAAACAUUAAACAGCUAAAACAUACUAUAUUGUCCAUUUCGAAGAA